UCUCUAUUCGCGCUUCAAGCCUAGCGCUCGUUCCAGUUAGUAUAUAUCUCGGUGGAGAGGACCUAACUUUGUUCCGUUCCUCUAUUUACGGACCUUGGCGCAACAUCGCCAACCACGCGAGAUUUUAUCGCGCGCGUAAGCUGAGCUUGCCAACAGCUGGGAUCGAAAUGGCUCUUGCACCGCUCUUGCACCGCUCUCAUUGCACUUUCCGUACUCGGGUGUAAUUCGGGAACGAAAAAGAGAGAGGGAAGUGCUUUCUUUGUUUAUUCGCGCUUCAAAUGGAAGUUUAGGUAGAGACGCCGGGAAGGACAAAUUUUUGAUAUAUCGCUUUUGGACAUUAUACAUGACUUAAUAUUUUAUAAUAUCUCGUAUUUUGGUUCAAACCUUUCUUCUUUUUUUACAAACAUGUAUCUGAUAUACCGAUUGUUUAACAGCGUGAUAUUUGUAAUGAUAAAUGCGACCAUCGUGUUGUACGUCUGUCAGCGUUUUUUCCGAGCAUUGAGAGAACACUACCAGAUCAUGGCUGAAGCUGAGCGAUUUAAUACGAUCAUUUCCGAGUCACGUGCGACGCUUGCUUAUAUGACCUCGAAGGUAUCCGCGGGAAUGGAUCAGAUGAAAGAAGACAUCGCCAAAGAAUUGUCUAUUACCGAUCACUUGACAAAACUUAGCUCGAAAGUAGGUCUGUUGCUGCAACGUUACUCCGGAUUGGAAGAAGAAUUGAUCGAGCUCGUACGAAUGGACCACAACACGAAGAGCGUGAGGGUUGAGACGCCGGUUGACAUCAACGAGGAAGUGAGAAGUAUCCUCACGGCGGCAGGGGCAAAACAAGCACCUCCAUCGGAACAUCCGCGUGCGCCGAAGAAGCUGCGAAUAUCGACCGCCACUUCCGUGGCAACGAGGGAUCCUCCUCCGUCGCAGAAUACCAUCGCCAAGUUCAUCGCGUCGCAGUCGUACGACCUCUGCGAUCUCUCGUACGUAACGACGUUGGAGAGACAGGAGAGACCACGUACGCCCGUUUACCCGGAAGUGCAGCUGCUGAACGACUCUCGAGCUACAGCCAACGCGAAACCCAUUGGCUUCCGGCCAUCGUGGAAGUGCGAAGCUUAGACUGAUUCUCGAUAAGGGGAGAGCGCACAGCUUCUGUUAUUGUAUACGGAUACGUGCGGCUGAGGAAAUCUGCAACCGACUGCGUCGCAUGACUGUGACGCAGGGGAUCGCAGGCAGAGGGACCGCUGAUUCGCGAUGAACACUCGCGGAGGAUUAAGCUCUCGUUAAAUAACAGAAACUGGAGAAACGAAAAGAGGGCAAUUUUUACAAGAUGACAUUUGACGCGUUGGUUUGCGACUUAACCCUUUGAACCACAAAUUUUUCUAUGCAAUAAUAAUAAAGAAACUGAUUAUAUAUAUAGGGGUUUUCUGGGUCGCUGAUUGCGAAUCUGGAGUCAAAAUUUUAAAAUUCAAAAUGGCGAAUUCAAUAUGGCGAUUUCAAAUGGCUAACUUU